UGUAGAACUAUACAGCACUAUAAUCUAGGAAGCCAUGCCCCUUAACAUGACAUCAUACCUACCAGAAGCAACACCAUUCUAGACAGGACUGUACCGACAGCUGCUGAAAGUUAAUCAUUAACUUCUUGGCUUAUUUCCUCAGGUAAUUGGCUCCUUGUAUUUGGGCUCACAGUGUGUGCCACCUUUACUAAGAACCAUUUUCGACAGAGCAGAGGAGACAUUGCCUGCUAUAUCACAACACUUCUUUGAAUGCUGGGCCACAGAGCUUGCGCUUCGUUGUCAUUACCUAGCCUGGACUGUCCAUGAUCAUUUAUUUGGUGUGAAUGUCUUAGUAAAGAAAAUGUGCUCACUUAGAGGGCAUAAAUAUAGUGACCCAUGAUGACAGCAGAAGAUCCCUUCCCCUGAUCCUUAUUGGAGUUUGCAUGCUCUUCAUAGAUCUGGCCUAAGAAGCUUGCAGUUGUAAUAUGUCUGCAUUAAGCACAAUUCAGAUUAAAGAAGCUAAUGCCCACCUGGCAGCAUUACACCACCGUGUGGCGGAGCUGGAGGGCACAGUAAGAGAACAAGCUGAGAGUCUUAUACGGAAGGAUGAGCAGUACCAGGCUUCAGUAAGGGUCAUAUUUGAUGCCAAAGACAGAGAAAUUGCUGAACUCAAGAAAAGGUUAGCACAAUCUGAAGAGGAAACACAAAGGUUAAUGGCCUCCAUCAAGGAUAAAGACCGGGAGCUUGAGCGGCUUCAACACCAUAGUCGACUUUUGGCCCAAAUGUGUCACAGCCGACCAUUGUUAAAUGCUUUAGUCUCUCUUAUGGCUGAAGCUGACGGAAUUCCCUGUUUACCUAAUGUGGAACAAUGCAAUGGCCUCCCAAGUGUUCCAGACUAUGCUCAGAGUGAGGAAGACCUUGAAGAGUCUGAUAUGGACAGAACACUUUUUGGGACCACUGUAUAAGGAGAAAUAUACUUCCUAUAUAUACAAGUUAUUUUUUAAUAGUAAAUGUUUUCUUAUAUAUUUUUGUAUUUUCAUGUUACAAAGGGGGCUUUUGUUAAAAAAUCUGGGGUUUCUUUUUUUUUUUUUUAUCAGAAAUUUGUAUUAAUUAUUUAUAUAAAACAAACAGCACACAAAAACAAAAAAACAUACAUAGACCCAGAACACCCCCCCCCCUCCAUCCUACCCUCACAGAAACACCCUCCCCCCAGCCCCCGUGUCCUUUCUUCACAGUAGGGAAAACCAGAACAAUAUCAUGGAAAAUAAUGCAGUGCAAUACAAUAAAUCAUCCCACAUAUAGGAAGAAUGGUCAAGGCAAAAGCAUAUGCAAAAGUACUGUAUAAGCUUUACAUGGGAAUAAGUGUAAUAUCAAACAAUCCUAAAGGGGGGGCAACAACAAGUGGCAGACGCAACCUGUACAUAGAAAACGGAAAAUUAGACAGCAGAACACACCAACACAGACACAAAACGACAAUGUAGAUGAAACAAGAAGAGGUCACAAACAGAACUUAGACAGUAUUAGUGGUCAGUCCCCCUAACCGCCCCAAAAUCACCUCCAUAGGAGUUCUCCGCAAAUAAGUUUGAUGGCAAACCAGGGGUAUCGAUCCAAGAUCUGGGGGUUUCUAAUGCCCCAACACAAUAUUUUAUUAAGCUGGUUUAUACUGUAAAAACUCAGUCCUGAGAUAAUUCAUAAGCAUGGGAACUUUUAUUAUUACAUUUUCCCAUCGUGUAUAUACGCUUAUACCUCAUGUCUUUGUCAAAUGCUUAUCUUUAUGCUGCCUCUCUAAUCACAGUCAUAUUUGUCUACAUUCUAAAUUACUAAUGGAGAAAGAGGAGAAUCAAUGUAUCUUUACUUCUUUAGGCAAAACAAUAAGGUUACUAUGCUGUGUUGAUAUCACUUUAGGAAAGGGAUACCUUACAUAUAAGGGCUUGUUCACAUGGCCGUUUGCCGCCGUUAAUUCAUGCCCGUUCUGCAAUCCUUUUGAUAAUUUUUCAAACGGGUUGCAAACGGCUGUAAAAUGGGAUUUGAUAUCAAUGGGAUUUUUUUACAAUCCUUUAUCACCUGUUUGCACAGGUUUGCUUCCUGUUCCGUUUUUUUUGACAGGGGAAAAGACGGUGCAUGCAGUAUUUUUUCUCCUGUCCAAAAUAACGGGAUAGAAAAGGAUAUUAUGGAAUAGACCUGUUUCCAUGAUGGGAGUAGUAGUUGCCAGGCUGUGAAAGUUUGGGGAGGCUAGAUAAGUGCUUAUACUACUGCCCCCAUUAUAAAACAGAGUCUGUGUAUGAAUAACAACUUGUGAUGAAUUGCAUAACUGUGCAGGGAUGUGGAAUUCCUAUCGCCCGACGCCCGGGACAUGCAGUUCCGGGCAGGUGAAUUUUUCCGGCCCUUAGCCCUGCUUCGGGCAAGCAGGGCCGGACCUGACAAGUGCUGCGGCGCUCUGCAGUCUGUAUGGAGCGGGCUCCCCACUCCUGCCCGCACCAUACGGUCCCCGGUUGUGGAAAUUUGUGUCCUCCGAAUGCAGAGCAGGGGGAGGGGAGAUAAGAAGCUGUGUACGUCCUCUCUUCCCUUCUCUGCCUUCUUUCUCCCCGUACAGACCUGCGUCCUAUGCCUUUGCUCCACACAGCUCUAGCUUCGGAGAGCUGAGGGGAGGAGCGGAUGCAAGUCUGCACGGGGCGCAAGUUUCCACCUCACACCGCCACUAAUACCGCCAGCAUGCGGCGCUCAGCAGUAUGUAUGAAGCGGGCUCCGGACUCCUGCCCGCUCCAUACUCUGCAGCCUCCAGCUGUUUUCUGUAGCCGGGGGCUGCCGCUUAUAGCCAGUAUGCGGCGAUCGCCGUGGCUGGCUUUUAACCCUUUAGAUCGCCACGUCUAAAGGGCCCUGUGAAUGCUCCCUGGUGGGCUAGUGGAGUGGAUCGCGGAACCCCCCCCCCUCCAGCAGCGCGAUGGUGGGGGGAGAUCCACUAAAGAGUUGGCAAGGGGCUUACCUCUGUUCCCUGCAGUCCUGUGGCUCUGUCAUUGAUAGAGCCUGGCUGGACUAGGCUCUAUCAAUGUAUCACAGAGCACCCAGAUCAAUGAGUUCAAUAGAACUCUAUUUAUCUGCAUGAGGAAUCUAAUGAUUCCUCCUAAAAGUCUAAUAAAGUGUAAAAAAAAAAAAAGUUUAAAAGACACACAUUAACCCCUAAUUCCAUGUUAAAAGUUCAAAUCACCCCCUUUUCCUAUAUAAAAACCUGCAAACAUAAUAAAAAUAAACAUAUUUGGUAUCGCUUUGUGCGUAAUUGUAUGACCUCUUAAAAUAUAACAUUAUGUAUCCCGUACCAUAAAUGUAAAAAAAAAAUACCAAACCACAGAAUUGCAAUUUUUAUAAUAUCCCAGAAAAAAACGUUAAAAAGCGAUUAAAAAGUCAGAUCAAUACCAAAAUAGUACCGAGAAAAAAAAACAGAUUAUGGUGCAAAAAAUGAGCCCUCAUACAGCCUGGUAUGCAAAAAAAAAUAAAAAUAAAAAAAAGCUAUGGGGUCAAAAAAUGGUAAGUAAAAAAAUAUGAAAAAGUUCUGAAUUAUUUUAAAAUGAGUAAAACAUUACGUAAACUAUACAAAUCUGGUAUUGCUGUAAUCAGGCGACCUAAAGUGUCAAAAUAACAUGUUACCUCAACCACAAGGUAAAUGGUUAAAAAAGGAAACCACCAAAUCUGCAAAAUUAUCUUUUACUAUUUUAAUUUCACUUCAUCUAAUAUAUAUAUAUGUGUGCGUGUUCAGAGAAUAUGUUAUUGAAAAAUUAAAAGGUAUCAUUAUAGUAGGUAGUUAUGGCUAUUAUAGGGUGAGGAGGAAAAAAAUGAGCACCUAAAAGCGAAAAUUGGCACGGACUAGCAAGUCGAUCGUCAUGAGGGACAAGUAGAUUUUGCUCCAUUUUAGUCCCGUAGACAAGUCAUUUUUUUUAUAAAAUUUCCACACCCCUGCUGUGUAUGAAUUACAACUUGUUACUUUUUAGCAUUGUCCUUUGUUUUCAGGUACUAUAAACUGAUUAACAUCAAAACACUCUUGACACAUGAAAAAAAGAAUGUAAACCACAUUUAUUUUUAUUUAUUUAUUUACAUUUAGUUUUCAUGCUGUAUGACAUCAGGAUGGCAAAAUUGUCCUACCGUUACACUUGAAAACACUAUGGAGCAGAUUACUAUUGCAAAUGUGCCAGAAUUCUGGCAUAACUGUGUUAAACAACAUGAACCACAUUUAUUUAAAGCUUUUGGUUGAUUUCAUUUUUAUGCUGUGCACUUUACAGUAAUAAUAAUGUUGUCUUUAUCUUGUGGGUCAAUACAAUUAAAAUGA